GAACUUUUUUAAAACUUAGAAAUACAGGAAGGAGAGCUUGACAAUCCUCACACUGCUACUUCUUGACUCGGAUACAGAGAACUGUUUCCAGGAAAAAGUAGCACAGACCUGUUUUCAUUUUCAAAUAUAUAAAGGCUACUGGUAAAUCAAGAUCUGAAGGCAAAAUGUCAUCAUUGACAGAUUCAGAGGACGAGGCAGACCAGCGUCCAGGAUUUGGACAUUCGUCAGGUGUAAGUGACAAAGGAGCUGGCUUUGUACCCAGGAAAGCUGUAAGGAAACGGCCAUACAGUGAAAUCACAGAGAGUGGGGAUGCUGGAAAGAAUGGGAGUCUCCGCCCUGCUGAUGCGAGACUUGACGACUUUAUCAAGAAAAAACAAGACUCUGGUCCAGAGAUGUCAGAGGCAGCAAGGAAAAUGAUGGCUCGAAUGGGUCACAAGCAAGGUGAAGGUCUUGGUAAGCAUGGGCAGGGACGGACUCAAAUUGUGGAGGCAUCAACUCAGCGAGGUCGCAGAGGUUUGGGUAUGGUUGUCUCUGGCCUUGAACCUUCAGAUGUUGAAUGGGACUUUAUAAAGGAAGAGAUUGUUGAAGAUGAAGUGGUUGAGUGGCUACCAAAGUACAGUGGAGACAUUCCUAGUUUACAAGAAAUGCUGUCCUGGAAAGAAAUUGGUCCAAAAAAGCGUGAAAUUGAUGAGGAGACAAACUUCUGCUCUGAGGAGACGUUGAAAAUGAUGCUGAGUGGGAAGAGUGUGUUUGACCGACUAGAGCCAGAGGAGAUGAGACGAGCACGGACAAGAUCUAAUCCUUAUGAGACCAUAAGAGGAGUCAUUUUUCUGAACAGAGCUGCCAUGAAGAUGGCAAAUAUGGAUGCCAUCCUAGACUUCAUGUUCUCAAACCCAAGAAAGCCAAAUGGGGAGUCUCUGGUAGAGGCGAAUGAGCUGCUGUACUUUGCUGAUGUGUGUGCUGGGCCUGGGGGGUUCAGCGAGUACUUGUUGUGGAGGAAGAAGGGAGAGUCGAAAGGCUUUGGCCUGACUCUCAAGGGCUCUAAUGACUUUAAGCUGGAGGACUUCUAUGCAGGACCCCCAGAGAUGUUUGAGCCCCAUUACGGUGUCGGAGGUCUGCAUGGAGAUGGUGAUAUUUUCAACCCGGACAACCAAGCUGCUUUCAGGAAGUUUGUGUUGGACAACACAGGGGGUCAAGGAGUCCAUGUUGUCAUGGCCGAUGGGGGUUUCUCUGUGGAGGGCCAAGAAAACAUUCAAGAAAUUUUAUCAAAGCAGCUGUACCUGUGCCAGUUUUUGGUGGCUGUCUCCAUCUUAAGAACAGGGGGCCACUUUGUGUGCAAGCUGUUUGACCUUUUCACUCCCUUCAGUGUGGGACUUGUGUACCUGAUGAACAUGAUCUUUGAGCAGGUGGCUAUCUUCAAACCAGUCACAAGCCGACCAGCUAACUCGGAGAGGUACAUUGUGUGUAAAAAUUUGAAGGAGGACAAUGAGACUGUCCGCUGCUACAUGCACGAGAUCAACGUAGACUUGUGUCGUUACAUGUCUGCCGUGUCUGUGGAUGACAUCAACCACAUUGUCCCACUUGACACGCUCAUGAACGAUGAGCCAUUCUUUAUGUACAUGGUGAACUCCAACGAAAACUUUGCCAAGGUGCAAGCCAUCCACCUGAAGAAAAUCGAAGUGUUUACUAAGAACAGCCAGUUGUAUGAGACCAGGCAAUCAGAGGUCAGGAAGAAUUGCUUACUGAAGUGGAAGAUACCAGAUGAGGUACGAGCUGCUCCUGGUCGACCGGAUCCAAACUCUGUGUUCCAGUCUAUGGUAAAGGGUGACUCUGCAGUUCUGGAGCAGGGUGGGACAGUACUGACCCAAGACAAUCUAAACAGUAUCAAGUCUUUAGCAAGUUACUCCUGCUCUGUACUAGGGGAUGGUCCAACAUUCCACAUACUGGGAUGUGGGAGGUUUCAUGUGUUUCGUUGGGACAACAGAGGCAAAAUGAGGUGGCAAAAACUGAACUCAACAAAACUGGAACUUCCCAGCAAGACCCUACUUGAGGUUCAGGAAGUGCAAGAGCUCAAGGGAGAAGGCAAAGGUCAACGCAGGCAGACCACCAUUCAUGUGCUAGACGCUCUUUUCCUCUGUGGUGAAGAUGUGAGGCAGAUGUCUUUUGAGAAAAGGCAAGAAAAACUGGGCAAAUUUGUGCGUGCCUUGAGAAAGCCGACAAGGUCUGAUCUGGCUUAUAUGUUAAAACCUGACGUCUUCCCUCUGGAGCAAAUUGACAAGGUCUUUCAAAGACUCAGCAUGCGGCAAAUCAAGGGCUCCAACAACCCACGUUUAUGUUACUGUAAUGAUUCCGGAAGCUUCUUUCAGCCUGCUGGGGUCAGCAUUCUGCAGACAGUCAAAGAACCGUGGAUCCGUGGUUACAGCAAAAGCACAGGUCGAAAAUACUGGUUCAACAUUUUGAGUCGGGAGUCUGUUUAUGAAUGCCCCAGCGGUGCAACAGCAUCUGUCAGUGAUUGUAAAAAGAACCUUCUAACGUGGUUGUGGACGGACGGAGUUCGAGUCCACCCUGAUCAACAGCAUGAAGACCCAAAACAGCUGUCCAAGGAUCAGAUUCUGGCCUUCAUCAAAAAGCUUCGGAAUCCCUGAGAGGCGCUAAUGUUUCUUACAUUUUGCUCAUCCGUCUCAUCUUUUGUCUUAUUUGUACACUCGAGGCAGUGUAUGGUCAUGUUAGUGAAAGACAGUGCUUUUUUGUCUUAUGCACUCUUGUGAAAUACAAGAAGAGUCAACGCAGAGUCUUCCUGUCAUUGUAUGUUGCUUGUGAAGACAUAUCCAUGUCCCCGAGCCAUUCAGGAGCAGUAACUAUGCGUUAAGGUUCCUCAAGUCAUGUUGCAUGGGUUUGUGUACAAUGCACAUGCUGCUGUCAUUUGAAUAGUUGAAGCUUUUAUCAGUAUCAGAGAUUUAGAAUUUCUCUUCUAGUAAGGUUGUCCCUCUUUAAAAACUUUGCUGUGAAGCAUGUACACCACAGGCCACACCAUUACACCCAAAUGAAAGGCAACAACAUCAGUCUUGCAAUAGCUGAGGUCGGUCGGCACCUUCCCCCUUGUCCUUCAUGUCCUUUGUGGAUCAAUAAAGUUUAUCUUUUCCUAUAUUUUGUCUUAUUUGGCGCAUAUGGUGUUCUCUGUAGUGAACCGGUAGUACACAGAAUCUAAAAUAUUUUAUAUAUCUAUGAUGUGCACCAGCCAUUCCUUCUUUACAUUAGUUGUUUUACCCCCCUGUCAUGGAUAGCUUUGCUUUUAUAUUUUAGUAUUUUUUAAGGUUUACUUGUAGAUAAAACAUAUUAAUGACCAAAAACACUGUGACAUUUAAAUAAUGAAACAGACUUGUAUUGUCCAUUUUUAAAAAUGAUUUUUCUUUUAAGUGUUACUGUUAUAUAUCGACCCGUAUUCAAUUACAAAAAUGUCAGAAUGAUUUUCUUGGAAUUUGUUUACAUUUCCUUUGCUCAAGUGGACUGCUUUUUUUUUAUACGAUCAGCUUCCUGUGGUAUAAGUAUGCAUAUUGGGGUUUAUGGCAUUGAUAACUUUUAGGGUUUUAUAGAGGGAUUUGGAGGGGGGGGGGGUGUUUGUGCUUGCCUCAAGUCAGUGGCCAAUAUCUGUAAACCGUGCUCAAACCAAAUAUUUAACCCCAAAAAUCCUAGGUUUAUGACUUCCGAUUCCAAAGCAUAUGCUGCCUUCAGAGUUCUCUCUAUAGGCUCUAUAACCUUGUGUUUAGGUCAUGAAAUUGAAUUGUUAGAAAAUCUGAGUUGGUUGUAUAGUAUAACGUGCAAGUCAGAUAACUCAAAAUUAUAUACUUGUAUGAAAGCACAAUGUCAUCAUUUGUCCUGCAGUGCCCCUUACACCCUAUUUUGUGAGUAAUACAAAAUGUCAAGAUUAGUGAAAGUCAUUUCCUUUGAAUUAACUUAGUCCCCAGAGAAUGAAUUACGUCUGCUAGAUUAAAUUAUAUACUAAAUGUGAUACAGUUACCUCCAGAAAUAUAGAUGCUUGCCGGAUGUUCUGGUGUAUUAUAGUUUAAUGCUGCUACUUAUUGAUGAAGACUGAACAAUUGAAGGAAAGACUAUAUUUUAUUGUAAUACAAUUCUCUAUGGUUAAUUUUUACGGGACAAGUAUUCAGAUUUAAUGUCUAUUUCCAAUAUAACCCAAUCACACGGAUAGAGAGCCACGAAAAUGUAAAAAAACAGAAAGACAAGUUCCAAAUCACUGCAUUAUGGAUUCAAACCACAGUCAUCCACAUUGUUGUCUAGUAGGAUACCUACUGAAGUAAAGGAGUACCCAGGAAAAACUGAGGUAUUAGAAAAUAUAAAAGUUAAUCUUUUUUUUUUUUUGAAAGGGC